AUGUCCAGCAAAAUUUUUAUGCGUGAUUCUGGGUUGACCAAUAACAUGGAUGAUUCUGCGUUCUUCGCUGGUGGCCCUUCGGUGGGAAUGAAUGGCACUGAUGGCAUCAGCCAUUAUUCAUUCACAAGUGAGAUGGAUCUUGCUGUGGAUAUCUCGACCUUCCCUGCCGCUAUGGCCAUUGGCUGGGUAUUCCAUCUUUCGAUGAACAUUUGGGUUGCUCAGACACUGGAAGGCCUAAGUGGCAGCUUCGUGUUCGGGGCAGUGAGCUUAUCACUCCCAUUUGGCUCCCUCUUCUAUACCUCCGAGCCAAUGUGA